AAGUCGUGUAAAAAAUUGUAUUAUUCAUAGACAAAAUAUUUGAAUCGUAAAUAAUUGCUUGUAUGAAAAUUUGUGCUAUCGGUACAAUCGAUCGUAGAUUAGAUAUUGAUUAUUAAAGUGCAGGUAGUGAGGUUGUGAUCGACAGUGACAUAAACGACAGUGGUGGACAUAGCCAUGGCGCCAUGGCGUGAGAUCCCGUAUGAAAUCCGCGAUGUGUCGCCAGAAGAGGAUAAAAUUAUCAAGAAGUGUUUGAUUGGUUACACAAAAAAAUUCAUCAAAUGCGGCAAGACUGGGUAUGUGAUGCCUGCUGCAUUCAAAAAGCACGCUGAAUACAUCUACAACUUCAAGGUCCGGCCGGAUGAUAUUUGGGUCGUCACUUAUCCUAGAUCAGGGACAACAUGGACUCAAGAAAUGGUGUGGUUAUUGGAAAAUGAAUUGGACUUUGAAGCUUCGAAAAAAUCUCCUCUACAUGAACGGUUUCCUAUGUUAGAAUUAACAUCACAAAUACCGGAGGUGGCGUUCGAGCUGAUUAAGAUAAACUUCAUGAAUCUAGCAAAUUUUCAAGGGUUGAACAGGGCGGUGAAGCGGCCGAGUUGGAAGGAUAUAGAUGAGGCACCAUCACCCAGAUUAAUCAAGACCCAUCUCCCAUUAUCGUUACUUCCACCAGAUCUAUUGAAGGCAAGAGUCAUCUAUGUUGCCAGAGAUCCAAGAGAUGUUGUGGUAUCGAAUUAUUACCUUCAUAAAAUGAUUAUAAAGAGUCUGAUGAGAGGAUCGUUUAUACACUUUUGGGAGGCUUUCCGGCGGGAUUUACUACCUGGAAUGCCAGUUAUAUCUCACACAAACGAAGCCUGGAAACAAAGACAUCAUCCGAAUCUCCAUUUUUUGUUCUAUGAAGACAUGCUUCAGGAUCUACCAAAAAGCAUACGCGGCGUCAGCGAUUUUCUACAAAGAAGCAUAACCGAAGAACAAGUGAUGCAGCUCGCAGAACAUUUAACGUUUAAAAAUCUUAAGAAGAACAAGAAUGUUAACAAUUCAACUGACAGUGACAUACAAUUUAUUAGAAAAGGUGAAUCCGGUGGGUGGAAAACACAUUUCGAUGCGAAAAUGGAACUACAGGCUGAAGAAUUUAUGUAUGAAAGGCUAAAAGGUCUCACUUUGAAAUACCCAACGUAUGCUUUAGACAAUGAAUGUUCAAGAUUGUAAAUAAGAAAUGAAUCUAGAACACAUGUUUGAGAGAAACGUAACUCCAGAGUUACGUUACGUAUAUGGGAGUUACUUUAUACGUUUACGUAUACGUCCAGACUCCAUAUAUCUUUACGGGUUUGAAUAGAGACGCUGUGUUGCCAAGUUGCGUCGUCUAUAUUAGUCUAUAUUAUAGUUUAGUUUGCACAAAAAGAUGACAACAAAUAUUGAUAUUGUAGCGAGACCUACAAUCUGCGCCUACAAAUCACUGCAAUGACGUCAGAACGGGCCAACGCUGUUAUCCCGAUUGCAUAGGAUAUACAACAUCUCGACCUUAGCCACUAGGGGCCUUCGAACUAGUGGUUAGACUAGUCUAAGAUACUUCCUUCCAGGCACUGUUCACCAUCCUUCCUCCACAAUAUGAGUGUAAUAGGCGAACGUAUCGCUAAGCGAACACUCCUAUGUCCAUACGGAACAUAUGAAUAGCUGCAAAUGCAAUAAAUAUACAAGUAUGUUGAAACGUUGCCAGCAUCAAGAACUUUACAACGCCUUAACGAGAUGGUCAAGAAAUGCUUUAGCAUGCAUCCAAUAGAAUAAAUCAGGAAGUGAAGAUAAAUUAAUUGUAGUGUAUAAUACGUAGUAUAAGUGUUAAGCGUUGUCGUUAUAAGUAUUAAUGUAUACAGGAACGAUUUCUGAAUAUUACAAAAUUUGAGGGUAGUUUCAAGAUCGCGUCUCGUUAAUGUGAUAAGCCCUGAUUGGCUGAUUGUGAUAGAUGUGUACUUAUAGAGCUCACCCCCAAUGAUUAUAUAAAAUUGUUGUCAUUCAAAUACAAUAAUGGUUAAUUAUCUGUCUCAAAGCAUUUGUCUUGCCCGUUUAAACAAUAGGAGACAGGUUGUGUAAAAUCAACACAAGAUAAGAAAAAAAUGUUUUCACGAAUAAUUGACUAAUUAUUCACGAAUAAAAUAAUUAUUAUUUAACUAAA